UCGGUCUUCAAUUUUCUUCCAUCUCACAGUCAAUCAUACCACCGAAGCGACGAUGAAGUUUUCUUCGCUAGCAGUUUUCGCGCUCGCCACCGCGGCCUCGGCUUUUGCUCCGGCAGCCUUUCGACCGAGCAGUGCUGCUUUUGGCGUGGCACAGUCAAAAGGACCUUUGGCAAGCCGACGUUCGGCCGAUGCACUCUUCAUGAGUUCCACGGAGGCCGCUUCGAAGGAAAGCUUUGAAUUUACGAGCGAUGUCGGCCGAGUGAUGGAUCUGAUCAUCAACUCGUUGUAUUCCGACAAAGAUAUCUUUCUUCGCGAACUCAUUUCCAACGCCGCCGACGCCUGCGACAAGAAGCGAUUCCUUAGUAUCACCGAGGCGGGUGAGGAUGUCUCCGUCAAGCCUGAAAUCAAAAUUAAACCCAACUUUGACGAGAACACUAUCACGAUUGAAGACAGCGGUGUGGGUAUGACGAAGGACGAACUCAUCAACAAUCUUGGUCGUAUCGCACAGUCUGGUACCCGCAAUUUUUUACAAGCACUGGGUGAUGGAUCGGCAGAUGUCACUUUGAUUGGGCAGUUUGGUGUGGGUUUCUAUUCUGCUUACCUGGUGGCCAACAAGGUCGAAGUGGUGACCAAAUCCUUACAAGAUGGUUCUUCACAAUACCGGUGGUCGUCCGAUGCGGGCAGCUCAUACACAAUUGAGAAUGACACGUCCGACCCUAUUGACGGCUCGGGAACCCGAAUCGUUUUACAUUUGAAGGAUGAGGCUUCCGAAUAUUUGGAAUCUUCAAAGAUGCAGGAACUUCUGCAACGGUACUCAGAAUUCAUUGAGUUUCCGAUUUCUAUCUGGAAGGAGACGACUGAAUACAAAAAGGUUCCCGACGAAGAAGCCAAUAAAGAUUUGCCAGAGGGCGAGGAACCGAAAAUGAAGACAGUCCCGGAAACAAAAGAGGGGUACGAGCGCGUCAACAACCAAAAGCCGAUUUGGCUGCGACCACCUCGUGAAGUCGAGGAAGACGAGUACACGGACUUUUACAAGUCGGCUUUCCGUGCCUCGUACGACGAUCCCAUGAAAUGGACGCACUUUGUGCUUGAAGGACAAGUGGAAUGCAAGGCCUUACUCUACAUUCCUGGUAUGCUUCCGUUUGAACUUUCUAAGGACAUGUUUGACGAAAAUGCACGGAAUAUUCGACUAUAUGUCAAACGGGUCUUUAUCAACGACAAGUUUGAAGACCUGAUGCCACGCUGGCUCAAGUUUGUCCGUGGUGUAGUUGACAGUAACGACUUGCCUCUGAAUGUGAGCCGUGAGAUUCUGCAAAAAUCAAAGGUGCUUUCCAUCAUUAAUAAGCGUUUGGUACGCAAGUCCUUGGAUAUGAUUCGAGACAUUGAACAGGACGAAGACGAGGGGCAGUAUGUAAUGUUCUGGAAUAAUUUUGGCAAGUACCUAAAGGUCGGUGUCAUCGAAGACGACGCCAACCGCAAGGAAAUUGCGCCGUUGUUGCGCUUCUUCUCGAGCCAAUCGGGCGAAGAAUACACCUCGCUAGAGAAAUACGUCGAGGCCAUGCCCGAGGGGCAAAAGUCGAUCUACUACGUAACUGGUGACGGCCGAGAAAACGCGUCCAUGUCUCCCGUCAUUGAAAAACUCGCGUCGAGAGGUUACGAAGUUUUGUUUGCCACGGAACCAUUGGACGAAAUUAUGAUGGAAAGUCUCCGUAACUACAAAGACAAAGAUGUCGUCGACGCCGCCAAGGAAAACCUUAAUUUGGACGAUUCGCAAGACGAAGAGUCGAAAAAGAAGAAGGAACAACUGAGAGAAGAGUACAAACAAGUAGCGGAAUAUCUAGAGACCCUCCUCAAGGGCAAAGUACAAAAGGUGGUGAUUUCUGAUCAAUUAACUGACUCGCCCGCAGCCUUGGUGCAGGGCGCGUACGGCAUGAGCCCGACCAUGCAACGAUACAUGCGUGCCCAAUCUGUCGCUUCGGGCGGUAACGGUGACUUACCGGGAAUGAACCAAGCUGUUAUGGAAGUGAACCCGAAUCAUCCCAUUGUGAGGGGUUUGGAUCGAAUGAUCAAGGUCGACAAGGAGUCAACGGAGCUGCAGGACCGGGCACUUUUGAUGUAUGACGUUGCUGCCAUGACGAGCGGCUACGAAGUGGGUGACAUGAAGAGCUUUGCGGCGCGUGUCAUGGGUCUCAUGGACACCGGAGUUGGUGGCAUAUCCGACGCUGAGAUCAUUAGUGAAAGUCCGACGCCCACAGAAACGGAAGAACCAAAGAUGGAAGCAAAGAUGGAAGACAAAAAAGAAGACACGAAAGAAGAGAAAACAACAGCUGACAGUACAAGCGCAGAGGCCGUUACUGCGGAAGUAAUGAGCGACGACGAAAAAAAGGCUAGCUAGAGUGUUUAGGGUAGAGAGUGACUGCGAAUAGCAACAGUACUGCCUGUAGAAAAGCAACCAAAAAAGCGGAUUACAUCGAAUACAAAGGGACGGAGAAAAAGCCUAGUUGUGUUUUAAGUAAAAUUACAAUUUGAAUAGCG